UUCGUAAUGUCAAUAAACACAUUUAGGAAAAGGGAAAAUGAAUCUCCCUUCUUUGUUUACGAGAGAGAGAUUUACGGUUGUUAUGAUUUGGCAGUAAAUAUUAAAGAGCUGCAUAAUAAGAAUGUACAGAAUAUUAAACUUGAAGCUUCUGUAGUUGAGAAAGGAACAGGUGUUGAACAAAAUACAUCCAAUACAAUUAAAUACCACAAUUUUCGAUUGAAACUAAAGAUAAAUGGUGCCACAGAAGAAUUUCGGCCACUACUUCCAUAUUUUGGCAGAGCCGAAGCGAAAACUCCAAAUGGUAAGCCAGUUUCCGACAUUACACUGUCACUCUGUGCCCAUAUUUUCGGCAGAUCUAGAACUGUUGAGGUUCGUUCAGCCUGUAAAAACUAUACCACAGACAAGGAUGGAUUUGCACAUUUUGCUCUCCCUGCUGUUUCAAACCAAACGUCAAAAAUUCAACUUAAAAUACGUAUUAGAGGAGUUGAAUUUGUUCGAAGAGGACAUACAACAACAAAAAUAUCACAUAAGUCUGAAGAACCAUCAAAAAGCACUCGGGCAUCGGUAGACAUUCGAACUUAUUUCCCUGAAACAUGGCUUUGGGAACUACAAGCUAUUGGAGAGGAUGGGCAAACGAUUUUCAAGCGUCACCUUCCUCAUACUAUAACAGAAUGGAUUGGUAACGCUGUUUGCAUGGAUCGAAACAGAGGAUUAGGGGUCAGCAACAUAACCAGUGUCGUUGGUUUCCAGCCGUUCUUCCUUUCCUUCACCAUACCUUACUCCAUUAUUCGAGGGGAGGUAGCCCAACUGGCUGUUACCAUUUUUCAACUACUUAUCAGAAUGUAUACCUUUGUAUGGAAAGGGAAACCUUGGGCAAAAGCAGUUGAACGCAUUCGAACUUGGAGUGAGGGCAUCUUAUUUCCUAUGUUAACUGUACAAGCACAGAGCAUAGAUAACAACGACCUCUGUGAGAACAAAAUUACAACAUCUCUCAAAGCUGCGGAUGCCAUAACACGACAUUUAUUGGUCGAGGCAGAAGGUUUUCCUAAAGAAGAAACCAAAACGACAUAUGCUUGUCUAAAAGAGCCUCAAAGUCAGCAGUAUAUGGAAAACUUUGAAUUAAAACCACCAAGCAACGUGGUACACGAAUCAGCGCGUGCAUAUGUUUCUGUAUCUGGUGAUCUCAUGGGCCCAGCUCUUAACGGACUAGAAAGUCUUGUACGUUUACCUGUUGGAUGUGGAGAACAAAAUAUGAUCCUUUUCGCGCCAAACAUCUUCGUCUUGAACUAUAUCACAGCAACUAACCUUGUUACCGAAGACCUGAAAACUAAAACUUUAAAUUUCAUGCAAAUUGGCUAUCAGAGAGAACUGAAAUAUCGUCACCAAGACGGUUCUUAUAGUGCAUUUGGUGAAAGAGACAAAGAAGGUAGUCUUUGGUUGACGGCUUUUGUAGCUAAAUCCUUUUAUCAAGCAAAGAAAUUUAUCACUAUCGAUGAUACGGACUUGGAGAAAACGUAUAAUUGGAUCGUCAAACAGAGACGAGAGGAUGGCUGCUUUCAUUCAGUAGGAAAUGUGAUACAUCAAGCUAUGAAGGGUGGAGUUGAAGGCAGUGAUCAAGCCCUGACAGCUUAUGUUUUGACUUCUUUAUUGGAAUAUGGAUAUUCUAUGAACGAUCCUGUCAUCUUGUCUGGCUUCUCAUGUAUAAGAAACAUUGAAUCUUAUCCUACCUACCUUCUAGCUUUGAUGGCUUAUGCUGUUUCUUUGGCAAACUUGCCACAGAAUGAGUACUUGGAGCAGCUCGAAGAAAGAGCCGAAAUUAGAGGUCACAUGAAAUUUUGGAAGACCGACAAGGAUUCUAAGCCUAACUCUAUGGACAUUGAAAUUGCAAGUUACGCUUUGUUAGCCUUAAUGACAUCAAAAAAACAGGAUACCGUGGAAAACGCUAAACCUAUUGUUCUUUGGCUAACAACGCAAAUCAAUUCUAAAGGAGGAUUUAUGUCAACCCAGGAUACGGUUGUUGGACUUCACGCCCUUUCAUUGUAUUCUAUGUUUGUUGAAUCUGAGCCCACGAAUAUUCAGCUUAAAGUAGAAAACACGGAGAUGAAAAUGAAUUUCUUAGUGAAUAAUGACAACAGACUUGUCUCGCAGAAUAUGGCGGUAAAGAAGAUUCCCACUGUUCUGAAAGUGACUGCAAAAGGCCAAGGGUGUGUUCUUAUCCAGAACUCGUCAUUUGAAGAAACAAAUGUCGGGACUGAAACACCGUAA